CGCCUCUCCACUUUCACGUCAACAUGCCAUACAGCAUUGCUUACCAUCUUUAUUUGAGUGCUGUCCAGACUCUAUGGACAUGAUCAGAUCUAGUCUAAGAGGAGUUGAUACAGCCACUGCAGAUGCUGUACUGACCACAGAGCUAGCAUGUUUGCGUUGUGCUAAGAGCCACCUUGCUAAUUUCUCUUGGGGCCAUGGCUAUGAGAAAACAUUCAUUGCAGCAACUCACCACAAAGACGAACAGAUACAGCUAUCAGCUCUGGGUUUGUUGUGUGAGAGCGUCCGCACAACAGAGCCGCCUCCUCCGUCAUCUCUUCCUCUCCUUCUCACCUUCCUCUACCUCAAUGGAGCCACCCAGUCUCCUAACUUCAGAUACCCCAUCAUCACCACUGUCAAGAAGGUCUUUUUCGUUCAUACAUCACCUGAAACAUAUCGUGGGCUGUAAUGAUCCCACAUGGCCGACGUUAGAGUUAGCCACUGCACAAGUUUGGAGCAGUUACACACAUUGCGAGUUUGAGGAUCGAAAGAACUGUGUGCAUGGAAGAACCUACUAGUUUAGAAGCAAUCAAGAAGGCAAUGUGAUGCUUAAUACCGACAUGCAUUUGUAUUGCAUUAUACCUCUCUCACAUGCAGCUAUUGGUAAGGAUCCGUGACAGUUCAUAUGCAAUGAGGAAACAAUACAGCAAAAGUAAGGGGCCUGAUCCUCAUCCAACAGUAACUUCAUAUCAGUCUUUCCUCAGGAGCCUGGUUUCUCAGCAGUUCAAUGCUCUGCACCCAUUCUCCUCCUACCAAAGGCGCCACAUGGCCCUCUCAGUUUUGCACUUACUCUCCAGCGUCUUUCCUCUGUCCUCCAAUGAUACUCCACCAGUUGGCCACAAAAGUAGUGUUGAUGAAGGGUGUCUCACCAAAGAAACUUUUAUUGGUCCAGUGUUUGAGUUUCCAAAAGCAGUGUCAGUGAACCAGGCUAGGAGAUUAGUGUACUCUCUCAGAGACUCAUAUGAUGCCAACAGAGCACUAGUGCUGGAGUUGCUGGCUUGUUUUCCUCUCGAUUCUCACGGCCUAAAGGACCAGCCUUAUCUUAACUAUUUGAAUGCAUCAUUCUACGCAUGUAUGUGCAGUCCUAAGGCUGUGGACUGCACUACAGCUUCUUACCUACUGCGGUUACUGCUCCGAGCUGAGUCCACACAGUUCAACUCUUUUCUGCAGGACCGUAUACUAGGUGCUGAACACCAUUCACAAAAUACCUCUGACAUGCUGGAAAAUCUUGAUGAUAAUUCCCCUUACUGGGUCGCUGUGUCUCGACUCCUGUUGAUCUUGCAAAGCCAGCUGAAGGAGGCAAAAGAAGACCUUCUUGCUGCCACAGUCCAGAACCCUCUGUAUGGUGUGAUGCAAAGCGUCAGGGCUGCACUGGAGGAGGCUAAGGAAAUGUCAUAUGAUAAAGAGAUUUGUAGAGUCACCAUAGCAAAGACCAUUGAGCUCUGUUCAGAGGUGGCCACUCUAGCAUCACCUGUAGUGUGCAACAGCAGUCCCGAGGGUUUUCUCCCUGGAGCUCAGGGUCUACCAGCUGAUAACCGUUAUGGUACACCAGCAGUAAAAGGUGCUGGUGCACAGUCUCUCCUCCUGUGCUGCUGGCAUGCCAUGAAGGAGAUCUCUCUUCUCAUGGGACUCCUUGUUGGAUGGGCUCCAAUUUCAGAUAACCCUAACAGUCUCCUCACCCCUACACAGGUUGAUGCUAUUGCCAGCAUAUUCACUCACCAGCUGACAGAGGCGAGGCACCGAGGGGCUUUUGAGAUGGCGUACUCUGGCUUCCAGAAGCUCUGCCAGAGCCUCUGGGGUAGCCCUUCCCCUCGAUUUCACCACAUGCCCAGUCAGUGGGUGACAGAACUACUGGAAUCUUUGCAGUCAAAGUCCAUGAGUCGACUUUUGAGCAUUACUAGACGUAGUGCUGGCUUGCCAUUCUACCUGCAGGCGAUAUUGACUUCAGAGCCAAGUCAUGCUGGUAGACAGUGCCCUAAAGGAGACCAUGAGAACACUGCUCUCAGUGGCCACAGUUUACAAGACUACUAGCGAUGUGGUUCCCAGAGAGAGCAGCACUAGUGAUCCCACUGUUGGUUAUACUGAGUCCCACUCAGCGUCUGUUCAUGCACUGAACAUUCUGAGAGCUCUUUACCGGGACUCAAGACUAGGAGAGCACAUCAUUCCUUUCAUUCCAGAGGGGGUGAAGAUAGCCGUAGAUGGGUUCUCUGCUUCAUUAUGGCCUGUUCGUAACUCGGCCACACUGUUGUUCUCGGCCUUGGUUCUGAGGAUAUUUGGAGCCAAGAGAGUGCAGGACGAACACUCAAUUGAGAAUAAGAUGACGGCCCGCGAGUUUUUCACUCGCUUUCCCUCUCUCCAUGGCUUUCUCCACCAGCAGCUACAAAAAGCAGCUGAAGGACUUGAGUCGAGUUGCAGCAAUGUACAGCCUGCUGCCCAGCUCUCUCUGUUUCCUGUGUUGAUAAUCCUGUCUCGUCUCUAUCCUACCACCCUCGAUGAGCCUAGCUCCCCUGGUUCCCUCCAUUCCUUCCUUCCUCUCUUUCUAAGGUGUUCUUCAUGUGGAGUCUGGAAAACCCGUGUUCUCAUAAGCCGUGCAGUGGUGCCACUAGUCACCAUUAACAAUAUGAAGCGAGUGUUGCACAACCUUCUGAGGAUGAUGACUACAGAAGAUCAGAACAGUCUGCACACUACCCUUCUGAUACUGCAAAGGCUAGUUCAGGAGAGGAGAGAUCUGCUGAAUUGCUGUACCCAGAAGUCACUGGGUGUUUCCUGGCUGAGUGGAUGGCUGUUGGAGAAUUUGCUUACGAAAAGAACUCUUGGCACAGAAAACAAUCAUUGCUCGGUUACAAGAUGUGCCUAUCUGGAACUGGUGACCAACCUGCUGCAACAUUCCUCGUCUCUAGAGUCUACCAUUCUUUCUCAAGAGGUGGAUGAGAUCGUUUUUGCCUCCUCAAAUGGGGGAAUUCUCUUGCAAGAAGAUGUACUGGUGUCCAGUGCCAAACUACUCUUGACUGCCUCUCAAUACACAUCAAGUAGCUUAGGUUUACCACAGCUCUCUGAGCUCUGCCAUAAACUUAUUUUACAUCAGUCUGCAGCUGUCAGACACUACACUCUACAGUACAUCUUGGACCAGAAGAAUCUAUUAAGUAGUGACACAGCAGAGGAGUUGACCACAGUAAUAAUCCAGCUGUUUUCUACUGAACAAGAUGAAGGAAUUCUUGCAGUGCUGUGUGAAAUUCUUACAAAACAAAAGGCGUGGUGCACCAGGACACGAGAGAAACUAUGUGUAGUGGCUAUGCAUCAUGUCACUCAAGGACAUUUAAGGCUGGUGUUUAGGGCUUCCCUCAUACUCUUCCUGGCUUCUUUGCUGGAGAAAUGCUGUGACCCCGAGAUGAUUGUGCAAUGGUUGUUGCUAGUGAAACCAUACACCCUCCCGACCGCACCUGUGGAACUGAGACAAGCAGUAGCUCUUGGGCUAGGCACACUGUGGAGGAUUCUAAUAGAGGAGAGGCUAUUGGGGUCUGUGGAGGCAUACACUGUGUUGGUUGUGUCUCUACUGCAAGAUGGAGAUGAGGAAGUUCGAGAUGAUAUGGCCACCUCAGUAGGAAUAAUCCUCUCCUCUCUAUCACAUUCAGUUGCUCUUGACGUGGGAAUCACAAGUCAUCCAAGUUCAUCAUCAGCUCUUCAGUUGUACCUUUCGUGCCUCCCUCUUGUAUUGCAUCGUCACCCACAAACUGCCCUCACUAUUCUACUGCGCCUAGUAGGGCACGAGUCAUUGCCGCUUGAAAAGGAGAAUAAGAAUGUGCUGUUUGACGAAGACCCACUCAAUAACUACAUGGAGGAGAUCAGUGUACUGAGAGAUGCCUGCAGGGCCAUAGAGACGCUCCUUGCUAGCCACUCUGAGGACGUGAAAGAAACUCUUGCAAGAGUAUCCGAGCAAGUGCAGAGUCAGGCUACUGCUUUAAUGGAAAAGCUUGAAGGUCAUAUGUGUUCAAGCAGUUUUUCACCAUGGGAUGAACCAUACGUGUUUAUUGGUCUCUGUAAACUGUUUUUCCUCUCUGACGCGGUAGUGAAUGGGGUUGAAAAGUCUCAUUACGAUCAAAACUUUCUUAGACAUUUUAAAAACACCAAGUCUGUUAUUUUUCUUCAGAAUGUAGAGCUUUUAUUUUAACAGUGUUUGUACAAUUAUGUACAGCAUUUGCUUCAAAAAAUUAAUCUCCGGCUUGGGAUAGCAUGUAAUCUUUUUGUGUGUUGCAUGUGCCAGCUGUACAUCCUACUCCACCUGCUAUAGCAACACUUGUGUGUGUGGAACCC